AUGGCUCCAGUAGCCAUACCUCCCGAUGUUAACGUGCGUUUCUUCAAUCUCCCACGAGCGAACGCGUUAGGCCGUCAUAUAGACAGUCCCACGUCUGCCAUGGAAGUGGUAGGACCUCAAGGUCAACUGACUGUCAAAUUUCCUGCCUACAUUGUCACUCAAUAUGAUGAACCUGAUCGAAAAGUAACAAUCUCGGUUGCAGAUCCAGAAAUUAAACAUCAGAAGUCGAUGUGGGGCACAAUGCGAUCGCACGUACAAAACUCAGUUUCCGGGGUGUCUGAAGGUCACAUCUGCAUUCUCCGCCUAGUGGGUGUAGGCUACCGAGCUACAAUCGAGGACAAGGCCAUUACCAAGAAGCCCGAGUACGAGGGACAAAAGUUCGUGUCUUUGAAAUUGGGCUUUGCACACCCUGUUGAGCUUGGUGUACCGAAAGGUGUCAAAGCAACAGUACCGCAGCCUACAAGGAUACUGCUCGAAGGACCUGAGAAGCACGAUAUAACACAGUUCGCCGCAGACAUUCGCAAGUGGAGGCGACCUGAGCCGUACAAGGGGAAGGGUAUAUUUGUCAACGAUGAGACCAUAAGGCUGAAAGCUAAGAAGAUCAAAUGA